AGUUCCUGUGGCAAAUCAACUAAUUCUAUAUAGGCAGGGCUGAACUACUUCCCAGAAGGGUCACUCUGCUGUUGGAUUUGCUGUCUCUGGAGUCUUGCUGUUCAAGGCUUCAGCAAGGAGUUUUUGCCUUCUUUGAGGUUUGCUGGGCUCCUGUUACUGGUAUGGGUGCCCAAUUCCCAUACAACAAGAGAAGUCUGUUCACUGCAAUGGAAGAAGAAAACAGCAGAUGUAGAGCCUGUGACAGCGAGAUUGUAAAUAAUAUGUACGAGACCGACCCUGAUCUCCUUGCUGGCGAAAGUGCAGAGGAGGAAACAGAGGACAGUAUUAUGUCCCCCAUCCCUGUCGGACCUCCAUCACCCUUUCCCACCAGCGAGGACUUCACUCCCAAGGAGGGCUCACCCUAUGAAGCUCCCGUCUACAUUCCUGAUGACAUUCCAAUCCCACCAGAUUUUGAACUCAGAGAAUCUUCGAUCCCAGGGGCAGGGCUAGGGAUUUGGGCCAAAAAGAAGAUUGAAGUUGGGGAAAGAUUUGGACCUUAUAUGACAGUACAAAGGAGCACGUUAAAGGAAACAAACUUUGGAUGGGAGCAAAUACUGACUGAUCCCGAGGUGACCUCCCAGGAGGGCAAUAUAAAAAAGAUUGCUGAUGACCUGGGAAAUGAGAAAUUCUGCAUUGAUGCCAGCCAGAGCGGAGCUGGGAACUGGCUGAAGUACAUCCGCGUGGCCUGUUCCUGUGACGAGCAGAACCUCGCCGUGUGCCACAUUAACGACCAGAUCUAUUAUAAAGUUAUUAAAGAAAUUGAGCCAGGAGAAGAGCUCUUGGUGUAUUUGAAGGAAGGUGGUUAUUCACUUGGGAACAUGGCGCCCAGCAUGGAAGAGGAGCACACGUUUCGCUGCGAGGACUGUGACGAGCUUUUUCAGUCAAAGCUGGACCUGCGGCGACACAAGAAGUACGCCUGCAACUCCGUCAGCUCCCUCUACGAGACUCUGAACGACGAGAUCAAGCAGGAGGGCCUUGGCGAUGGGCAGGUCUACGAGUGCAAAGACUGCGAGAGGAUGUUCCCCAACAAAUACAGCCUGGAGCAGCACAUGGUGAUCCACACCGAGGAGCGGGAGUACAAGUGCGACCAGUGCCCGAAGGCCUUCAACUGGAAAUCCAACCUGAUUCGUCACCAGAUGUCUCACGACAGCGGGAAGCGGUUUGAAUGUGAAAACUGUGUCAAGGUGUUUACCGACCCAAGCAACCUCCAGCGGCACAUCCGUUCCCAGCACGUUGGCGCGCGAGCCCAUGCCUGCCCCGACUGCGGCAAAACCUUUGCCACCUCGUCUGGCCUCAAACAACACAAGCACAUUCACAGUACUGUCAAACCUUUCAUAUGUGAGGUCUGUCACAAAUCCUACACGCAGUUCUCCAACCUCUGCCGUCACAAGCGGAUGCACGCGGACUGUCGCACCCAGAUCAAAUGCAAGGACUGUGGCCAAAUGUUCAGCACUACCUCCUCUCUCAACAAACACCGGCGCUUCUGCGAGGGCAAGAACCAUUACAACCCGGGGGGAAUCUUUGCCCCAGGCCUCCCCUUAACGCCCACUUCCAUGAUGGACAAGUCCAAGCCCUCUCCCAACCUCAACCACGCCAGCCUGGGAUUUAAUGAUUAUUUUCCAUCCCGACCCCACCCAGGGGGUCUUCCAUUCUCACCUGCCCCCCCAGCAUUUCCUGCCCUCACUCCAGGAUUCCCUGGGAUUUUCCCACCGUCUCUGUACCCCAGGCCCCCCUUGUUACCACCCACGCAACUGCUCAAAAGUCCCCUCAACCAUACUCAAGACGCAAAGCUUCCGAGCCCCCUUGGGAACCCGGCACUUCCUCUGAUUUCUGCAGUAAGCAACAGCAACCAGGCCGCUUCGGGAGAGGAGAAAUGUGAAAGCAGCCUGGAAAACUCCUACCUGGAGAAGCUAAAAGCCAGGAACAGCGACAUGUCCGACGGCAGUGACUUCGAGGAUGUGAACACAACCACGGGCACAGACCUGGAUACCACCACUGGCACCGGCUCUGACCUGGACAGCGACGCAGAGAGCGACAGGGACAAAACGAAAGAUAAGAGCAAACAAAUUGAGAGCAAACCAGACUUUGUCAGCAGCUCUGUGUCGGCAAGCUCCACCAACAAUACCAGCGAGAUCCCUCUCUUCUAUUCUCAGCAUUCCUUCUUUCCUCCCCCCGAAGAGCACCUGCUACCCACCACAGGAGCAGCCAAUGACUCUAUUAAAGCCAUCGCCUCCAUUGCAGAGAAAUAUUUUGGGCCUGGCUUUAUGGGGAUGCAGGAGAAAAAGAUGGGUUCACUCCCGUAUCAUUCCAUGUUUCCGUUUCAGUUCCUCCCCAAUUUCCCCCAUUCCCUCUACCCUUUCACGGAGCGGAGCCUCAAUCACAACUUGCUGGUCAAGGCAGAACCAAAGUCACCCCGGGACCUCCACAAGGUGGGCAGCACCAGCUCGGAGUCGCCCUUCGAUCUCACCACAAAGCCAAAAGAGAUAAAGCCAAUCCUGCCACCACCUAAGGUCCUGCCGGCCCCAUCCUCAGGGGAAGAACAGCCACUGGAUCUGAGCAUUGGCAACCGCAUCCGAGCCAGUCAGAACGGAGGAAGAGAGCCACGCAAAAACCACAUUUAUGGGGAGAGGAAACUAAUGGCAAGUGAAGUCUUACCCAAGAUUUCCCAGUCUCAGCUGCCUCAGCAACCAUCCCUGCAUUAUGCUAAGCCAUCACCCUUUUUCAUGGACCCCAUAUACAGCAGGGUGGAGAAGCGGAAGGUGACGGACCCUGUGGGUGCCCUAAAGGAGAAGUACCUGCGACCCUCCCCGCUGCUAUUCCACCCCCAGAUGUCAGCCAUAGAAACAAUGACAGAGAAACUGGAGAGUUUCGCAGCCAUGAAGGCAGACUCCGGCACUUCCCUGCAGCCCCUUCCUCAUCACCCUUUCAACUUCCGAUCUCCGCCGCCCACGCUCUCCGACCCCAUCCUGCGCAAGGGCAAGGAGCGCUACACCUGCAGGUACUGUGGUAAGAUCUUCCCACGCUCAGCAAAUCUGACAAGACAUCUGCGGACACACACUGGAGAACAGCCCUACAGGUGUAAAUACUGUGACAGGUCAUUCAGCAUUUCCUCCAACCUCCAGCGGCACGUUCGAAACAUCCAUAACAAGGAGAAGCCAUUCAAAUGCCACCUGUGUAACCGAUGCUUUGGGCAGCAGACCAACUUGGACCGACAUCUUAAGAAACACGAACACGAGAAUGUUCCAGUGAGCCAGCACUCUGGAGUCAUUACAAACCACCUUGGGACCAGUGCCUCUUCCCCAAACUCGGAGUCAGACAACCAUGCACUUUUAGAUGAAAAAGAGGAUUCGUAUUUCUCUGAAAUCAGAAAUUUUAUUGCAAAUAGUGAAAUGAAUCAAGCAUCAACUUUAGCAGAUAAAAGGCCAGAAAUCCAGGAUAUUGAUGGCAAUUCCCAGUGUCAUGGAUUAUCAAAUGAGAAAACAGAAGAUGUGGAUGAUGAAGAUGAAGAACUGGAAGAGGAAGACGAUGACAGCCUGACAGGGAAGUCACAGGAUGAAACAGUAUCACCCACCGCAGAGCCCCGAGGAGCAUAUGAGGAUGAAGAAGAUGAAGAGCCCACAUCUCUCACCAUGAGCUUUGACCACACCCGAAGGUGUAUUGAGGAGGACGAAGCCGGCUUGUUAGAUUUGGAGCAGAUGCCGAAUUUUGGGAAGGGGCUGGAUCUUCGCAAAGCAGCCGAGGAAGCAUUUGAAGUUAAAGAUGUGUUUAAUUCCACCUUAGACUCUGAGACAAUAAAACAGACUCUGUACAGGCAGGCUAAAAACCAGGCUUAUGCAAUGAUGCUGUCCCUGUCUGAGAACGCUCCCCUCCACACGUCCUCCCAGAACUCCCUGGGUGCUUGGUUGGACAUGGCAGGAGCAGCUUCAGAGUCGGGGACCUUUAACCCCAUCAACCACCUCUGAGAGGUCAACAAGGCACUGGCCAGAGUCCCAGCGAGGAGGCGGUGGUGCUGCAAUUACCCUAGCAAAAAUCCCAGCAAGCAGAAGAUGGAUGAGAGGGCCUCAGGAGUCGCCUGGACUUUUGGCUGAGAAAGAAACCUGUCGCAUCCGACCUACAAGUCCUGCAUUUUUACCCGCCCAGAGUUUCCAUUUGUAAUUUAUCGGAACGAACCUCUCCAAAACUGGAUAACUGAUGCAGCCCCAGGAUUUCUGCCUAUAGGAAUAGCAUAAGCAAGACAUGAAUUGCAACAGUGCAAUCAAAUUGGUCCCUCUAACGUUACAAGAUGGUAUCACUGCGCCAGUGAAGCCCGCAUAUAAAUCACGUCUUGAAACCAUUCGGUAGCUUAAUCCUUUCAACUCAGCCAAAUAACGGGGUAGGAAACAGAGCCAGAUCGGACCUGUCCCUGGUGCAAUUCUGACAGUCACGGGAGUUACACCAGGGAAGGGUAAAUUUAAUUGACCUCAAAAAGAAUCUGAACUUGUGCACUCCCACAGAAAUAUGCCCUAUCCUUUGUUCCCAACCAAACGUACUGGCACAGCCCAAAGCUUCUCGAGUGUGAGGCCACGCUGCCUGCAGCCAUGCUACGCUACGUGCGGUGUCCCGGUUGGGAAAUCUUCAGCCUGGAGCAUUGCUGAGGCUGGGUUGUUGGUGUGUCAUGCAAAUACGUGGUUCACAGUCACCGGCUGUGCCCUGAAAGCCCUUCUGCCUGUGCCUGCACUGCAAGGCUGGGAAAGCUUCCCAUCUCUGGCAGUGCCUGCGCGCCCGAGCUGCUGCCUGCGCUCGGAGCAUCCCGAGUGCUUCAGAACAAAAUCUGUGCUCAGAAAAUCUCUGGCGAGCAGGGUGGUGGCAUUCAACCCUGCUCUGGCCCCGUGCCUCAUGGCAGGGCUGCCUGGACCUCCCCAGGCGUGAGCACCCCGGGUAACUCCGUGCCCGAGAGGUGCAGGGGUGUGAGGGGGGAGCGGGCAGGUCCAGCCUGCAGCGGGGUGCUCACAGCUGCUGCUUCUCUCCCAGGGUUUGCUUCAGGGUGGUGUCUUCUCGGUGUCGGCAGUAUCUGGGAGCUGUGGCAGAGAUUUCAGACUCCUGCCGUUGUUUUGGUUUGCUGGGUGGUUGUUCAUGGGCAGCACGCUGCCAGUUGGCCUGUAAUUGUAGUAGGAAGAUUAAAGCUCCCUUGCUUCAGCAGUGUCAGGGGUUCAACCCACUACUCGAGCACAUACAAGAACAGAAUUGUCUUUCUGACUCUAAAAUUGCUCACAGAUCUUUUAUGAGUGAUUUCAAAUUGCUUCAAAGUCUCAUCUCUUUUACUGACCCUAAGCAGCCUCCAGAAAUGCUGUGAUGUUCGUGCUGUUGUGCCUUGUGAUUACAACCCGGUGUCGCAGCGGUGAUUUUGCAGGUAAAGCUGAAUUACUGAACGGUCUGGGAAGUGAUUAGACCUGUUCCAAAGAGCAACAUUGGCUAUAUGGAUAAAAUUUAGGAUGUGUGUCCUGAGAAUUUGCUAUUUGCAACCUGACAAAAAUGGGAAUUUCCGAGGCUUGGCCUGCUGCUGCCACCGAGCGAACACCGGCUGGAGCCUGGGGUGCUCCGGCCAGGAGGAGCCUUCCCCUCGGGGCUGGCGUAUUGCAGUGCCUGUGUGCUUCCAGCAGGUCUCGUAUCUGGUAGUAACUACCUGCAGGGCUGGGCUGAUGGCUGGUUUCAGAGCAGCAGCACACGGUGGUCAGGAUAUCUGCCUGUGAUACCUGGUGUGCUCAGGCUCUGCCGACUUUGAAGGAAACCAGAGAGGAGCUCCUGUGCCAGGACGGAGAAGCACAACACGGGAGCCCCGUUCCAGCACGCUGAAAUGAAGGAAAGAGCUACUCAGAGAAAGUGGAGGUUUGGUUAGGGACCCUUUGUAAUUAACUCUUUGCACCCCAGAGCACACCUGAGGCUGGCUUUGGGUAGCCGGGAGCCUCAGGCCACCCGAGGAAGAAAGCGUCUCUAGGGUGUUUCGCUAGAGGAGGAACAAAAGGUAAACUAGCGGCGUCGGUGUAUUUUCCAAGAAAAUUUACCCUUCCCAUUUGGUUCUCCACAUCACCCUGUGAAAGUGCCCAAGGCUCUGAACCCAGCAGGCAGCGGAGGCCGAACUGCUGCGUGUAUUUGCACAAAGCUCCCGGGCAGACACGGCCCAGGACCCGGCACUGUCAGGAGGCACCGGUCUGCGAGCGGCACGGGGACACCCCCAGCCCCACAGCACCGCCCUGCCCAGGCGCUCGGCCUUUAAAUUAUUCCCCCAGGGGCCAACUGAAAAUAAUAAAAGAACUGUUUUCUCUUCCGGAGGGAAUUUAUUUUAAUCUGUACAUAACUUGUAAUUUUUUGCUAAUUCUUUUCUUAUUUUAUUUCUUCCUUAACAGUAUUUUUUGCAUUAGAUAUCACUAUUGUGAAGAAAUAAUGUUAAUAUAAGUCUGUAGUGAAGGACCAAACUGGUGUAAUUAAGGUUGUUUGUUGUAUGAGCGAUAACCAGGGAGUAGGAAGAGUUUGUUAACGUGCCAAACGACCCCGAUUAAUCCUGCUAUUCUUGCUGCCGAUUCUCCAGACAAUCAUACGCCGUGUUACCCUUGCGCUCAGGUGCCAGCUGCAUCCGACUCCGGUUCCUAUUUAUUUCCUUGCUGGGCUGGGAGGCAAAAGCAGCCUCUGCCGAGCCAGCCCCGUGCCCACGGGGGAACAGGGAAGCGCUCGGCCACGGCACGGCUCAGCCCCCCGGCUCCCAGGCACCAGGAGGCACCGAGCGGUGGCACGGAGCCGUCCCUGCCCUGGGGAAGCCCAAACACCUCACUGCUGCUGCUGCUGCUGGCCUCCUGCGGGCCCGGAGCGAGCCGAGCCCCCUCUGAGCAGGUGCUGGGACAUUUCUCGCCCUGCCACAGGGCUCCGCGCGACACCGAAGGCGGCUUCGAGGAGGUCGGCAUCGCGCUCAGCACAGGGAGCUCCCGGAGCAGCAGCGAGCUGGUCUCCGAAGCGUGAGCCAAGUACUGAGCAAUGCAAAUGUUACGGUGGGGUUUGUGGGUUGGUUUUUUGUUUUUUUUUUGGUCUUCCCUUCAGCAUCUCAGCCUCCGUUCUGUCGCGUUGUGUCUCCAGAGGAGCAGGUCGGCGGCUCCCUGGGGGGCAGCUCCCCGCUGCUGGCCAGGGGUGGGGGGCACGCGCCAGCCAGGGAUCAAGGACAUGAAAAAUAGAGCUUUUUGAAUCAUGAAAUGAUUUUUUUUUUCUUUUUGCAUUUUCCUAAUUCAGUUUUCUUCCCAUUUUCUCGAGCUAGUGCCUCUGUUUGCUUUAGGAUCUCCUCACUCCUCUAAUUUAGCACUGAUGACAAGUUUUAAUUUUUCCACAGUUAAAUAAAGAGAAAGCCUCACUGGUUUCCAUUUAUCUCGUAGCUCUCAUUCAAUUGCACUUAAAACGUGUUGCAGCUCGUAGCAGAUGUUUAGGUUUUGCUUUGCUGUUUCGGACAAAAGCGGUCACUCAGCUUUGAAGGAUCUUUCCCAAGACGUGUGUAUGUCAGGAUGGAGCUGGCACGGGCAGUGGGGAAGGUCUGGGUCCCCCUGGCUCCAGGGGACACGGAGCUGUAGUGCCUAAGGCCACCCGAUGCCCCUAGCCCGGCGUGCUCAGGACCCCCUGACAGCGGUGCGGUGCAGCAGGCGGGUAGUUGCAGUGAUUUCAGUACGGCCUGGCGCUCGUGUGAAGGCGAGGGCACCACACGAGGUGUGAUGCAGAACGAGAACAUUUGGUCCCAAGGGGCUUCUGAGCACCACGGGGCCAUGUCCCCUCCCUAAGAGCCCACUGCAGAGGAGGACACGGGCCUGAGGCACGGGCUCAGCUGUGGGGUUUUGAGCACUGAUGGGAACGGCCGGGGCUGGGGCACAAAGCCCAUGGGGGAGCGGCAGUGCUGAGGGUGCCGGUGCACCCAUGGGAGCUGUGCACACCCAUCAGGAGCUGCCUGCGGUGCCCUUCGGUGCGCGGGGAUGUCCCGUGGGGCUGUGCUGUGCUGCCUGCGGGCUGUUCCUUCAUGGUCACGGCAGGAGCAGGGCUCGAGAGGCACAGCUCGGUGCCAGCAGCAAACCCAACCCAGGCAGGGCUCAACAGCAAAACCCGAGCUGGGCCUGCUAAGCUGCAUCCCAGGACAAAACGCGGAGCUUGGUUUCUGUCUUGCUUAAAACAAAGUAGUGGAAGCGUUCGGGUUCUCCCUCAGCAGCACUUAGGCUCUCGGUAGACGUUCUUGAAAACGGCUUCUCACUUCCUACGAAGCGUUUGGAAAGCACUUGCACAACGACGUGAACGUGUUUAGACUCUAAGCAUCAAAGCACUGGAUUGUGAGCCCCCUCCCCUCAGCCAGUUUCAACCUACUGACUUACAUUCAAUUUUUACGUGCUGUACUGUGUGUGUGUGUGUGUGGCGGGGAAGGGGGAGCACCGUGGUGGAGGAGCCUGCGCCUCGCCGCCUGCCGCAGAGCCGGCGGGGAGCACGGCACGGUGCUGGGAACAUCAGGGCAAAACCCUCUGCUCCUGGGUGACGGUCAGUGGUGUGCUCACAAAGCCAUGAACCUUUUUCUCUGUAGUGUUGAGUGAUACUGUGAUUAAAAUGUUAUUGAAUGAUUCCGAGAUUAUGUUUUGUUUUUUUUUUUUUUCUUCUGUCAUUAAUUCUUAUUACCACUUUGGAAAAAGAAUGAAAAAAGAAAAAAAAGGCAGCUUUGAUUUCCAAAUGUGCAAUUCACAUGUGAACAAAGUAAUUCUGAAAGUAAUUCUCAAUGUCUUUUACAUUCUCGUUGAUCUCUUCAAAGCAAGAGAUGUUUUGCCCUGAUGUCAUUUCCAGCCUGCAGAAGAUGUAAUUUAAAACAUAUAUAUAUUGUGCUUGCAAGAAUCAUAAAUCUGUGCAUCCCAUGUCAUUCCUUUUCCCAUUGUUACAAUACAGAUAUGAUUUAGUUUUUGUUUUUUUUUUUUUCUUUAGGACUGUAUAGUGUUUUUUUAAAUCAAUUGUAAAUGUCUGGUUUUCAUAUAAUGUUUAAAAAACAUUGAGAAAGAGGAUGGUGCUUGUUCCAUAUCAUUCUUGAUUGUAUAUUGCUUCUGUUAUGUUUAUAAGUAAACUGUGCAUGACUUGUGUUUAGCAGUCAUUAUUGUGUCUGUUUGUGAAAUUUUUAUUAAAAAGAAAAAAAUUCCGUAGAUGCACUUAUUGUAUAUGUGAUUAGAUUUUGCGUCCGAGGCUAGAAGCCUUGAACUGCCAAGGAAGAGAAAAAAAAAAAAGUGUUGGCAGUUAUUAAUUAAUAUGAAAUCGCUUUGUUGGGAGCAUAAUGAAAUAAAAGAUAUGAAGUGUAGAAAAUAAUUAAAGAAGCGAUUUUACAAAUUUCAUUUUGAUGCUUGUGAUAAAAGACAAAUGUACUUGUGUAGAGAAAUUCCUUUAAAAUAAUGAAUAGAAAAAGCUGAUUUUGAGGUUAAUGCUGUAGAAUAGGAAUGUAUACCAAAUGUAAUCUUUCCAAUGCUACAAUGAAUUUAUACAUGAGAUUGAUAUGCAAUAAACCUGUGUGCUUUUAUAA